AUGUCAUCCGGUUUACUCUUGAAUUAUCCUUUGCUUGAUAUAAAAGUUACUUUAUUAGAAGGAAAAAGGCAUAUGGUAGAUACUAAACCAGGCGAUUUCAAAAAUGCGGCAGUUUUGGCCUUCCGAGGUGAUGGAGUAGCCGAAAAAGAAAAAAGAAUUCAAGAAAUGGGAGUAGUUUUAUUAGAACCAAUUAUGCAAGUAGAAGUAAUAAUUCCUAAGGAUUAUAUGGGGGAUGUUUUGGCUAAUCUUGGCUCACGUCGAACAAUAAUUGAAAAUACCGAAGAAAAAGAAGGAGAAAGUUAUAUCACCGGCAAAACUCCCCUCAAAGAAAUUCUUAAUUAUUCAACUACUUUACGGCAAUUAACCAAAGGUCGAGGCACUUAUUCCAUGUAUUUAUCCCAUUAUCAGGAAGUUCCCGCGGACGUCUUAGAAGAAAUAUUGAAAGAAGAAAAAUUAUAA